AGCUGCUUGUCCGAUUUUUAUUUUAAAUUUUCAGUAUGCCUAACAUAUAUUUGAUUGAGCACACAUACAGAGAAAUUUUAGUUUUAGUUAUUAAUUUUUAUAUUACGUUAUUUAAAAAUGAAUGAUAAACCGUUGUCGAAAUAUCCAAAUGAAAGCAGGUCCCAAGACCACAUGUCAGUUCCGCAACAUGGCCUAACGUUUGUAUCCACCAAUGUUAGAACUCCCUUUUUGGAGCUCUACAUAACGUCGGUGGUGUCAGCAUGGAUUCCCGAGUUAGUCUGUUAUCCGAUGGAUUUAAUGAAGACCCGAAUGCACAUUCAGGGCGAGAAGGCAAGCAAGACGUAUUCGAAUUUGAAGAAGGUUAGCACGCUUGGCACUGCGAUAGGCAUCGUCCGCAAUGAAGGCAUACUACAUGUCUACGGCGGUCUUUCAGCCAUGUACUUUCGCCACUCGCUAUUUACGGGCAUGAAGAUGUAUUUCUAUGAUACAUUGCGUGAUGCAUUGAUCAUACAGGAUCGGGACGGCAAGCCCAAGCUGACAUUUUUGCGCAGUGCCUUUGCUGGCAUGUUCUCAGGUGGACUUGCAAAUUUUAUUUCCUCUCCCGCCGACCUGGUCAAGGUGCAAAUGCAAAUGGAGAGCAGCCGACGCUUAUUGGGGGAACCGCCACGAGUCAACAAUGUUCCACAGGCUCUAAUAUCCUUCUACAGAAAGGGUGGUAUAAGAGGCCUUUGGAAGGGAUGUGUUCCAAAUGCUCUGCGAGCAUCGCUUGUGACCCUCGGCGACAUUAGCUUCUACGAUCUCAGUAAACGGAAAAUGAUGGCUCUUUUUGAAUUGCCAGAUGAUCGACGGGUUCAGUUUAUGGGUGCAAUGAUAGCCGGUUUCGCGUGCGCCGUGCUUAGCACACCAAUGGACGUAGUCAAGUCGAGAAUCAUGAAUCAGCCAAUCGAUGAGAACGGACGAGGAAUACAUUACACAGGUACUAUAGAUUGUUUCCGAAAGCUGAUCCAGAAAGAAGGUGCCUUUGCCAUGUACAAAGGCUUUUUUCCCUACUGGUUGCGCAUAGGUCCAUGGACAUUAAUCUUUUGGACAUCCUUUGAACAAAUUCGUAGAUUCCGUGGUGACGAAGGAUAUUAGUACUAAAUUAGUGUGCCACGGGCACACAGUCGUGUUAAAAGUUACUAAUGUCAAAAUUAGUUUUAUUUUGUCGUUUGAUUUCAAU